AUGCCGCGAGGAGUUCGUCGCGAUGAUCACAUUGCAACGGUUGAGAAUACCGUUGAGGAAAAGGUACGUAUGCGCUUUGGUCGCGGAGAGGAUUACUUGCUAGCAAUUCAAGUAAGAGUGGAUACUCCAUACAAAGCUCGACAUGGUGCGAUUGGAGAGAGUUGGGACGUUUUAGCUGAGAGAUUAAAUCAGCACCCAGAUUUUCACAUGCGACCUAUCAAAGGCACAACAGCAAAAGCGCGAUUUGAUACGAUUGUGGCUCAUCACCGACUUUGGAUGGAAAGGGCAAAUGUUGAGAAAUGUGGCGAUAUCGAUAGUCCGUAUCGUAUCACCAUGACUGAAUUGAUCAAGGAAAUUGACAAUUAUUUGAAAAGUAACAUCAAACUCAUCGUAAAUGAAGCUGAUUCUCAUCAAGAGGACAUGAACGUUGAGGAAUCUCGAAGUAGCUCGCGACUUGGUAAGCGUCAAGCCACCCCAGACGCUUUUGACAUAGAACCCGAGGCACGCGAGGUUUUUAUGUUGCCACGAGCUAUUGGUAUCGAGCAGACACAAAUUCAACCAGGUGAUUCAUCGGAGACACAAGAGCCACAAGUCACGGAGGCGUCAGAAACUUUUGCGACACUAGAAGAGCCGGUUCCUGAUUUACUCACGGUAAAGCAAGCGAUGGGUGAGCUGUUAAAGAUGCAACACGUAUUUGCUGCGCGUUCAGGUGAGAUUCGUGUCGUUGACAUUGAAAAGAUGAAUGAGGCAAGACUUCGAGAAGAAGAGGAAAAGACAAGACAGCGUAGUUUUGAGCUUCAAAUUGAGAUUCAGCGUACGAAGCGACGGCAAUUGGAGCUCGAGUUUGAGCGAGACGAACGGAGGAAGGACCGUGAAGAACAAGCAAAGCUCAUUGCGAAUCUAUUACAACACUUCGAACCGAAAAAAUGUUAA